GUGUGCUCCGCCGGGAGCAGCCGGCCAGACCUGAGCCUCUGCCCUGCCAGGAGGCGCGGGCGCCCAGCUCCUGCCCUGCUGGUGUGCAGACCCAGGCCUCCCGGAAUAGGGGUGCACACUGCCUGGGGCUGGGGUCUCCUGCUCCCCCCGGAGUGGAUGAGGAAGGGGAGCCUCUCGCUCAGAGCCCAAGCUUGGCCAGCUUCCCCUUCCUUCCCUCUUCCAGCUGGGCUAAUGACCGGUGUCCUCCCAGAUGUAUUUUUACCCUCGGGACAAAUAGCAGCUGGGCCGAGUGGGGCUUUUUUAUGAGUUGAGGUACCAGGAGCUGGAAAAUAAACAGCCAGGUAAUGAGAUGUUCGUGUGGAACCUGGCGCAAAUAAUAACAAAGCAGACAUCUGUGUCUUGUGCCUGGGCCCUGAUGAGGGGAUAUAAAAGCUGCUGUGCAGCUGGCCUCCGCCAGACCUGGGGGACCUCGGACCUGGACGCUGACCGGCUGGGACCAUGGGGUGCUGCCCGGGGGACUGCUUCACCUGCUGCCAGGAGCAGGAAUGCUGUGAGGAGUGUUGCUGCCAGCCCUCCUGCUGCGGCUGCUGCGGGUCCUGCUGCAGCUCCUGCUGCGGCUGCGGGGGCUCCGGCUGCGGGGGCUCCGGCUGCGGGGGCUCGGGCUGCGGGGGCAGCUGCUGUGGAUCUUCCUGCUGUGGAUCAGGUUGCGGGGGGUGUGGGGGUUGCGGGGGCUGCGGGGGCUGCGGGGGCUGCGGGGGCUGCUGCGGCUCCGGCUGCUGCGGCUCUGGCGGCUGCGGCCCUGUGUGUUGCCAGCCCACACCUGUGUGCGACACCAAGUGAAGACCUCGCCCUGCGUCCCUGAAGCUGCGCCCCGGCAGCCCCUCUUGCUCGGCUCCAGCUGGGGAUCUCCUCACUGCGGAACCUUCCACGCCCCCAAGACAGUAGCCCGCCGCUCUGGUGCUGAGCCCCGAGGGCUCCUUCUCCAGCGCCUGCCCUGGUGUUUUGAGGCAGAAGAGCAAGAGCCAUUGCCUGGCAAGAAACGAGAGCUGUGUCCCAAAGAGGUGAACCCCAGGCCCCAAGGGGGACUCACCAGGACUGAACUUGCCCGGUCACGUUAAGGGAUCUUCUUAUCCAAGCUGCCUUUUGGACUGAUCCUCCUGCCUAGCUUCCUGCUACUUUUGCACAAAAAGCCUCAGGAAACCCCAGGGAAACAAAACAACUCCGUUACCCUUUUAAUAAAUUCGAGUGUGCUGGCGUA